AUGCAAUCAAUCGAUCCCCGAGGCAGCGAGAAUAUACAAAGAGCUUCUGGAACGUCAGCAAGAGCUCAAACAACAAGGACACCGGCACCGGCGGACCCCCUCUCGAGAUUCGCGGAACCUCCUUUAAUGCUACCGAACGACCCAGGCACUCGGAAUACCUUCGAAGCCUUAAACGAAGAUACGUCGGACCUCGGUUUUAACCUCGAUUCAUUACCGUAUCUAAAGCUAGAGAAUCAUACAAAAGCAAGGUUAAUUAUCGAGGACUUCUUAGACAUAAAGAGUAAAGGAUUAAGAGACUACGAGCUUUACAUGCUCGAAAAAGAAAACGAAAAGCUCCGACGUCAAAAUAACGCUAUUGCGCGAGACUUCGACGACCUCCGUAAUUUGACGAUUACGAAAGACGUGCAACAGCGUAAAAAGAGAAUCGAAGAGGCUACAAGGCACAAGGAAGAGCUCGAAGCAGCUAAGGCAGCAAGGCAAUCAUCAAGGCGAAGUUCUCGCGAUUCACUUUCCUCUCUCAUCUUCGAUCUGGUUCGCAGCAAGCCUAAGGCAAAGAUCAAACCUACCGAAGAAAGAGAGAAUAGAAAGGGAAGCGAGUGGAAUAAGCACGGAAGAAGAAGAGGAGGACACGGUAGCCCGACGAAAAGAGAGGAAAACGGACCUCCAAAAGACCUUAGAUUCGGAAAUGAGCCGCUAAAGGACCUUGGACAAGACCUUGAACGAGGAUACGAACCCCUCGGCGGACCUAGGCCAAACCGACCCCUUACUAGCACCCCUUUUUCGACCCGGGUAAUAGCCAAGCACACUUACGGCAUCUUAAGAGCAUUUAACGACGAUAGAGACGAUUUCUUUGAGCUAAGAGCAGCAGACCUUCACUUAAGAGCGAAGGAAUUAGCCUUGUUUGCAAGAAGCUUUCUUAAGGAACUAAACGAGUGCUUCGAAAAACUCGCUAAAGAGCUCAAAGGCAUUCAGAGCUCGCUACGACUAGGUCUAAAAGACGAUAAAAGUCUCGCUGACAAGCUGUAUUCAGCUUGUAAAAACGUGCUAAAGACGACCAUUGCGCGAAUAAACCUUGCUUCUACCUUUACCGCCGCAGUUGCUAACAUUCGCCGAGCAAUUGGUUUUGCAACUGAGAGCAUUCAACCUCUUAAGAGUGAGAGCUAUCGACCUUCCAAGGCAAGCAGAGCUUACGCGAGCUUUAGCGAGCCAUUUGAUCAGUCUCAGCACUCUUCUCAGCACUCCUCUCAAACCUCAAGCAAGGCUGAUUCCGACGACCUUGAGGACGAGUACGAGUGUUUUAUUCAAGGCUGCCAAUACGGAGGAGAGCACUUUAAGGGGAGCUCACUCGUGAACCAAGGUUCACGGGCCACUAAGCAUGCUUCGCUUAGCCUGUCACAAGUCAAAGGGCCCUCCCAACCUGCUUGUAAACCUAGUAUUUAG